AUGCCCCAGUUAUCAAAUUCAAUACUAGUACUAUUGGGCGGAGGUCAUGCUUCUGGUAAAAAGACUACGGCAUUAGCAUUAGAGAAAGAGCUAAAUUCAUCAAUGCCGGAAUCUACAGUAGAUGUCAAAAUAAUUGAUAUGAAUGAAUAUACGGAUCAUGGAAUCUCAUCAGUUGAUUCAAGUCAAUUUCCCAAAUCAAAAUCAGCCGCUAUAACAGUUCAAAAAGAAGAUUUUGAUCAAACAUUCCCCAAAUUAAAACCAUCAAGAUUUAAUUUUGCAAAAUUGAAAAAUGAUCUACAGGAGUUAAACAAUGAUGUAAAUCCUUCUAAACAAAGAAUCUUGAUAGUUCAUGGAUUAUACGCACUAUACCAUAAGGAAUUAAGAGAAAUGUCACACAUUAAGGUGUUCAUUGAUAGUGACUCAGAUACAAGGUUAAUACGCUGGAUCAAAAGAGAUGUAUUGAUUAAUGAAACUGAAAGUUUGGAAAGUGUUAUAAAUGCAUAUCUUCUAGGAGCUAGAAUUGAAAUGAGUGAUUUCAUAUUUCCAACAAAAGAAUUCUCAGAUGUUAUAAUGCCAAGAGGCUUUGAAAAUAAUGCAGUUAAAUUAAUAAUUGAUGGUAUUCUACUAUAUUUCAAUGAUAAAACUAUUCAACCAAAAAGAUCAAGUAUACCAGUAAAUACUUUAAGACCAUCAGUUAUUGGCAACUUUGAGAAGGAAAAAUUUGAUGUACAAAAAAACAAAUUCUAUCAAUUGAAUUAA